UACUUCAUGUUUUCAUCAGUCCGAGAGUCAAGAAUCCUGUGUACGCGAGUGACGUUCUUUGCUGAACUUUCAUAACUAAUUAUUUGUAAUCGUGUAUUAAAAUACUUGUGAAGUGUCGUGUAUACGUAACUUUGGAACUGUUCCUAUUCAUGGAUGCUGAGUGUGUGUGAGAAUAUCAAUAUGGGGGUUAUUUUGCCUCCUUUGGAAUUCACAGAGUGUUUGAACGAUAGUCCGUUUUUUCGAGAAAAUCUGCAUAAGCAUGAGAGGGAACUUGAGAAAACUAAUCAACAUAUCAAAAGAAUCAUCAAAGAGGUGAAAGAUUUACUCUCUGCCGCUAAACUUCUAGGAAGAGCUCAACGUUCUUUUGCGGAAUGUCUCAAAGGUUUUACGUUCGAAUGUGUAGGGGGUACUCAAACCGAUGAUGAACAGGUUAUUUGUGCUUCCUUGAGCAAUUUUGCUGAUUUGCUCAAUCAAAUCGAAGAUGAGAGGGAUAGAAUG